AUGCUCCUCGAGAACGCCGUGGCUCAAGAUGUCCAAGGAGGAUCGUCCCUGCAGAUGUACUGGAGAAUGUUUGAUGGAUUCAUUGUCCAAGAAGACGCGUUGCGUCGACACUAUCUACCGGUCAAUAGAAGCUUACAGAGCAUGGCCAGAAGCUUUUUGACGGUCAAGAACGCAGCUUCUUUUUUUGUUCACGGGCCAGGACGCUUUUUGUCGUCGCAAAGCUUUUGGCAGUUUGUGCGAACGUUCCCCGUCGACUUGCAGUGGGAGAUUUGCCUGGCGCUAGGCGAGAACAAACUUCUGGUUUGUGCUUUGCCCGUCGCCGUGGCAGAGCCAGGCGUGUCUGGCCACUUGGUGCAUCCACCGUUGGAGGAUGUGGAGCUUGCGCUCUUGUCUCUAAGCCUUCCGCUUCGACGACAGCUACUUCACUAUCUAGACUUGUGGGAUUUGGCUCGUGCUGUUUCAACGUGCACGGAGUUGCAAGAUGUUAUCAUGAACAGCGACUCUUGGAAAUGUGACAGCACGCUUUAUCUACGAAGUUUGCCUUCGCAAAUAUUCUUUGCUGCGUCGCCGACGUACCACUUGAAUCCAACGGCGUACGCGAGUCUGCGCUCCGUGAAUCCACUGCAAGGUCACGCUUGCAUUGUCAUGUCGUGGGGUUGCCAGGUUGACGCACUUGUGAUCGGUGUCACGAACGCAUUCGUUUCCAGAAUGUCAGACGCGGAAGUUCAACACCUUUGCUCUUGUACAAUCACUGCUCCUUUUCAAACAGAAUGCAAAACCUGCAUUAGGUGGACGGCUUCUAAGCAAGCGCCAAUAGACGUAUCAUGUCCUUUCCUGGUUGCAGAUCGAUGUGUGCGUGUCUUGGAUCUAGCUUGGCAGCAGCAUUCGCUCAGACUCAAGGUUGAUGGUCGAACGGUGCUUUCUGUCGACAUUUCAUGUGUUGGCUUGCAGCGCGAUGCCUAUGUCUUCCUAUACUCUAUCGGAGAACAAGUGUGCAAGGACAACUUGCAGAUGGCCUUCGCAGAACGCCGACGUGAGCAUGUCAAUGACCUUGCAGGGGGCUCCGAUGCGUUGAAGCCGACAGAUCCUCUGUCGUGUUUGUCGCAGAGUCUCCAAAGGGAAGUCAUUAUCAACAUUGCCACGACACGCGAGCUGCUGUGCUUGCGAGCUUGCAGCAAAUCUGCGUCUGAACUUCUGCGAGAGGAUUCACUGCUGCGAGGCUCCGUAGUCGACUUGCGAGACGCAGGUGCGCAAGCAUUUCGGCCCGGAAGUGCUUUUAGUUUUUUGAUGGCUGUCCUUGCUCAAGCAAAGGUCAUCAAGCUGCAGUAUCGACACAUACAUGCUGUCCCGCCGACUUCAACGUCCAGAGUCCUCCUUGAAUGGUCAGGACACACUUUCCUUCGGCGCGAAAGCGACUUUUGUUCUUGGCGCGCUCUGCAUCCUGUUUAUCAGCGUGCCAGCUUGGACAUUGCAGUGUCUUCAGAUAUUCGCACUUUGGUCCUUGGCAUCAAGAACCUAGUUCGAAACAGUGUUCGCUGGCUUAACGUUUGCAUGGAGUGGAAUGCAACCUAUUUCGCAGUCUUUCUCGACGAUGUCCCACUAUGCCACGUUGACACGUGGAACGAGUGGUUCUCCGUCUGCAACAUUUCUCGAUACAAAAAGAUUGCAAGCCCUGCGAAAGCAACAGCUUUGCAUACCUUCCAGUCCAGGUCCGAAGUGCAUGUAUCCGAACCAGAGUCUGACGAAUGGGACUACAAUGAGCAUGUGCUUCGCGCGAAGAAAGUCUUGGCCAGCACGGAGUUCUCCACUUGUCCAGCCACGUCGCCUCCGCCAGGAUUAACGCCAGUGCUGACAUGCACGCCUGUGAUUUUUGGUGUGGAGCAUCUCAAAGUACCUCCUAUCUUUGAUCAUCUCAGUAUCUUGCACAGUCAUGAGCGUGAUCAACAUUUGGUCUUCCAAGAGGAAGGGCAUCGCUACUAUUGGAAGAAUGAAAGUGUUAACAUUUCAGUAACUGGCUUGAUUCAUUUGCUUACUGGCGGCUUUAAAGAGCAAGACGUCAUCAGGAGCAUGCGUCAAGGGAGUAAUUGGCCUCGUGCUGCAUACGUGAAGCCGUAUGCAUCGCUGGAGCUUCUGCAGAUUCUGCAACAAAUUCCCGGCACGGAACAACUGGUCAGUUUGUUGCAACAGCUGCCGCAUGAUCGCGCUGCAGUUGCCAAUCUCGUUCGGUCCAUGAUUUAUUCCGAUGCCGUCUACAACGAACUGACGGAUAUCGUUUCUAUGACUUCCUCAGAAAUAUGCCACCUUUGGGCGCAAGCACGCCGCGUUGGUGCGGCGCGAGGAACUUGGAUGCAUGCGCAGAUAGAAUGUCUGCUUAAUGGCGGCUGUGUCACUUCUUGCAGCUUGGAGGUAGCAAAGUUUUUGCGGUUUGUCGCUGAGGGCGGAUUCGGGAACACUUCUGCGUUUCGCACCGAAUGGAAGAUAUACGCUUCUGAAGAAUCUCUUGCAGGCUCAAUAGAUUUUGUGGCACGUGCGCCCGAUGGCGCUCUGGUCUUGUUUGACUGGAAGCGUGCUAACAAGUUGUGUGAGAAGCACAACUCGUUCGGCAAGUUCAUGAAGUCGCCCAUGCACCAUGUCCCGGAUGCAUCGCUCUGGCAUUACCGACUGCACUUUAAUCUGUACAAAUUCAUCUUGGAGAGAUAUUACAACCUGCGUGUCGUUGGAAUGCAUAUCGUGUCUUUCCAUCCCGACAGUAGCGCAUUUGUUGACAAGGUCCCGGACAUGCAAGCGGAGGCAAAUGCUAUCAUGACAUAUCAGCGAAACCGUUUGGCAAACCAAGCUGGUGAAAAAGAGAGAGAUUUCCGUGGAGGGGCAGCGGCGCCCAGUCAAGCCAGUGAGGCGGACUCCUUCACGCAACGCAUCGAGCAGGAGUUUGAGGAUGCACUUGUACCGUCACCUGAGUGUUGCAGGGUGGAUUCAAGUGGGCGGCGCGACCAUGUCGCCAAAAUUCUUGAGAUUGACGACGCAUUUUUGCUGAACGGUGUUGUUCCAGACCUUCCGCAGUCGCAACAAGGCAGUAUUCUCCAUGACAUCCAAGAAGUUCAAGAACUUGUUGCCGCGCAUUCUGACUCUUCCUCGUGGCCGGAGCCCCUCCAGCAUGUUGUGCAAGGAGCUAUCUCUGUGCAUCGCUUGCGUUUACUGGACAUCUCACGUCGAGAGGAAGUUCUUUUUCUUGAGCUUAUUGAGGGAAGUUCUCGACAUGUGCGAGCUCAUAACGGCCAGUGUUUCUUUCUGAGUGAACAUGGCCACUGGGCCGUGUACAACGGCGUUAUUCCUCAGGGUGUCCUUGCCAGAUGCAAAAAGUUUUUGCUCUUCCUUGAAGGUUUGUACAGACUCCUACCGACUGGAACACUGCGCACCCCGGACUCUAUCAUCCGAGCAGUAUCAGUCUUGUUGCAGGGUCGGAACGACAACGCAGAUUUCCUUCUUCAAGAAUGCGAAAGAGCUGCUAUUUGCUGUAAUCCUCACGCUGCGAAGCGCCGCAAAACAAGGGCGGGCGUGGAAAAUGAAAACCGGGAUGAUUCAGAGGAUGAGAACAAGCCAUGGACACAGGUCAUGGCGAGCACUGUUGGAAAGCUGUACGUCAAACUGCAAACCUCACUGCUGCAAGACUAUUUGAUUAAGUACUAUGUGGAGUGGUGUUCUAUUGAUGAUCCUCGACAGGCUGGAUUUUGCACUUUAGAUGCCUGCCUGGUCUUUGAGAAAGAGAAAGGCUUGCAGCAAUUGCAGAAGGCCGGCUCGAACAACAUAUACACUUUCCUGCCACACCGGCUGCUGGAUCCGGUGCCUGACGAUGUCAAGCAGCGAGUCCAACAUUUCUGGUACACAACUUAUUGGAACAAUGGAGAAGCCUUUGACUGUUUUAUGUCAGCACUAACUCUAGCUAUUCGAGGAGAAAACGUUGAUCGAGCCUUCUGGGGAAUUGGCUCUGGUGGGGUGGGGCAGAGCCUGCAGACCGCGCACUUGGAAGCAAUUCUCGGGAGUUUUCACGCGUGCUUGGACAUGAAUAUUUAUUAUUCUGACGAGGAGAUGCGCAAGCAGGCUGCGUCACUUCUAGGAAAACUUGUCGUUACUGGCCAGGAGUCGGUGCAAGGCAGCCGUAGAGGCAUGCGUGAGGACGUGUACAAGAAGCACAUGUCGGCAGACAAGCUUCCUGAAAGAUUGCCAUACGCAAUCGAGACACGACUUGUGGAGCUCCGUGGUUGGAAGCGGUUCGAGUUUAACAUGUUGCCGAGGUCACUUGCCUGCAAGUUAGUGGUCACACUGUUUUCUGAACUGUCGACCCACACCUUCAAGCAUGAACCUCACCAGCAAAGGUUCUUUGGCGUCAGCGAAGAGACUUUCAACUCCUUAUAUCGACGAUCGUUAGCUGUGCGCUACAAGGCUUUGUUCUUGGAGUUGAAGGACAUAACGAACCAAGUGAAAGAGCCAGAGAAGAAAGGCAUUUUUCCUAAAGAUCCGACGUUGAAAGACUUUCUGCGAUCGAAACCUGCGUGUCUCGUCACUCUGAGAGCUGUGUGGAAUUACGCUUGCAGACACAGCGCCGCAGACUGCAGAAGCUGCCUGGAGGACUAUGUUGUCGGUAAGAAGGAUGAGGGUCUCACAGAAGCGUGUGUCCGGGAAGCGUGUGGACUCAAACCUCCUGACACGUCAGAAAACCGGGACAGUUCUCGGCUUCCCGGCUCGGUGACGAGCGAUCUACCUGAAACAGACGGCGCAGGCCAGGAAGUAGAUCCAGAAGUCUUACGGCUCUUACAACAACAGGCAGAUGAGAUUGAGGCUUGGAUGAUCGAUGUCAAUAAAGACUGGUGCACGCCUUCCCAGAUAAAAACGGUCAAGGGCAAACAUUUUUGGAAAGCGUUUAGUCGUCAAGAUGCAGAGAACAUUCUCAAAGCGCUGGCUGACAACAAGCUCAUGCUCCAAAGCACUUUGACUCUUCAAAAACAAGGUCUUACCGAGAUCUUUGCGCCGCAAAUCCACACAGAGAAGUCCAUGAAGGAGGUGGUCAAUAUGGAUCAUCACGGCUGCACAGUUUUCCCAGAAGUUUACGACUGUGAGGCAUUGCGCCAACACAUGCUCGAACACAAAGGACGUCUUGCAAAUGACAAAGUUUUGCUGCAAGCCCAUAAAAAAAGGUUGAACGACUUGAAGAAAAGCAAAGCCAGCGGUGCAGGUGCACCUACAAAAGUACAACGUACAGUCCAGGAGAAUCAAGAAAACAUGAUACAGACAAUGGGCGCCCGCCUUCGCAUGGAGCAACAACUUUUCGAUGACAUGCAGAAGUGUGUGGAACAAGAUGUGGAACUAUUAGAGAUGGUUAUGCAGCGUACCUAUUCGUACAAGCUUCAACACCGCUGUCGGCGCAUGGUGGAUGGGUUCGGCGCGCAAAGUUUCUCAAGGGUUUUUCGCAAUAUUGUUUGCAAGAACACACGGGAUUUCGAUUUCCACGCAAGCAUGUUCACCAUCGUGGUUCAGAUGGUUGACAAACUCGGCGUGGCCUAUCAUAAAACACUGAAAGACUUAGCAGCUUGGCGUGCUGUGGCUAAGACUAGAGAGAAGGUUUGCGCAGAGAUCCUGCAGUGCAGCCAGACCAGAGGAAAAGCUCUUCUUCUUCAGGUAGCUUGCGGUCGAGCUCUGUCCUCAGCCGAUGAUAUUUGCGAGACUGGUCAGAAAUUUUUGCAUGAUCUAUCUAAAGAAAGCCGCUGCUUGCGUUGGCUUGCUCGGAGUCAGUGUCCAGAUCUUUACCUGAGCGCGAAAGAUGGUGCUGCCGGUCUAAAGCAAAGCAGUUGGCCAGAAGCAACGGUCUUUGCUUAUUGGUGGAACGCUGCAGAAGACCUUUGUCUGAGCAGCAUCUUGGAUCUAGUUGCAGAUGUUGAGGUGUCGCGCAAGCACAUUUCCUUACACUUCGAUGGUGUUCUACUGUCGACUGAGAUUGUGCAGGUCACUGAGUUAGAAGGCACGUCUCUGCGUGUGGACGCUGCUGAUGAGACAAUGUUGACGCUACUCUCAUCGCCUGGUAACUGCAUACCUUUCGCGUACGCCUGUGUGACACAAGCCUGGCGUUUUGUGGAGGAGGCAUUGCGGACAGUCAACCUCGCGCAGAGCAAGGUGGCUACAGAUGCUACAAGGACUGGACAAAAUGCAAUCAGCGCUUCCUUCGGCCAUGCUUUACGCUGCCUUCACUGCCAGGAACGGAUUUUCUUGUGCACGCUAACGUUGGCAGUGCCCCGCAAUGCUUUGGUGCGAAAGUCCUACCAGAUAAGCAAGCAACUGCUCCUGCCUUGCAGGAAAUUCUUGAUGAGUCUUGCGAAGCAUGCAGCAUUGUCUUUUUCUGUGUCCAAAGUACGGAGCCAACAGCAGUUGCUGGAGAGCAGCAGCUGCUGGAUCUUGUCGCAGGCGCCAGUUCGAAGGAUCGGAUGGAUUCUCAAGCUGGAGCUUCAGGGGCCGGUAGCGAAGCGACCGAAGCCGACGUUCAGGUUGGAAUGCAUCUACGAGAGCUCCUCAAAGAUGAAGUCAAGAACCUCAUUGCGAAAGUUCAACAGAACAAAGGAUCAAGCUUCGGGUCGCAGGUCUGCCCUUUAUGCCCAUGGCGACGCUUCGAUAAAAGAAGUUAUUUGCUGA